AUGUUACAGGAAUUCUUCUUAGUUCACCACGUUGGGGCAAUUGAUCUUUUUCAAUCAGAACUUGAUGAAGAUACUGAAUUUGAUUUGUACGAUCUAAUGCAACAAUUACCCAUUGAUGACAGACUUACUACAACCGAGUUCGUGAACAUUAAUGAUCACAUGCCAACUACAGCAAUUCCAACUCCCGAAGAAAUUCUCACAUCAUUGCGAGAACCAGAAGAUGAUGAUGAAGAAUUACCAAUGAAGAUAUCACUUAGCGAAGCCAAGGUAUUGUUGAAAAAUUUGGCACUUUUUUUAGCCAAUCCGCCCGAUGGUUUCGUUCUUGAGAAGGGGAUGUAA